AUAAUUUUCACUGAAUUCCUUGAAAUCAUGAAAUUUAUUUGUCUUUUCUUUAUAGGCUUUUUCGCAGCAACAUCAGCUACAACUGAGCUAGAUCUGUUUGAAGGGAUUCCACAAGUUAAUUUAAUUGAAUUUACAGAUUUCGCUCCACAAGGUUUUUACUUUCCUGAAAAAGUUAAGGAAGCUAUAGAGAAAGCUCUGGAUGAAUUUAAUAUCUUAAUCCAAAAAUUUAAAACGAAAUCAGUCGCAGAUCGUGAAAAGUUGAACCAGUUUGUUAGAGGAAUAAAAGCUCGUGCUGAAGUUAAAAUACAGGAAGCGAGUGAAAAUAUUAAGGAGUUAGUUAAAAAAGGUGGACGUGUUAGUAAAUGUGCAAUCAAAUAUGAUGAAGAGCUAAUAAAUAUAAGUAACGGAAUUAUCGACGGCCUUAAAGAAUGUUCAGAAGAUAUUGUUUUAGCUUUAAAAGAACUGACCGCUACAAUCCUAGGUUAUUCGGAUGAAUUUAUAAAAAGUGUAAACAAUUUGAGAGCAUUAUCAAUGAAAUGUUAUAAUGAAGAAUCAAAAAUAGCCGUCGCAAAGUGUAUUGCUACAAACAUUUCUGAAUUUACAAAAUUAUUUGGAGAAAUUUUGGACAAUGCUAAAGCUACUAUCAAUGGGAUUUAUCAAAAAAGUAAAGCCUUGGUGGAAGCUGCAACAUUGUGUAAUAACAAUCAUAUUGAAACCACAUUUAGUAAAGUGAAAGCUGUUAAAGCCAAAAUUGACGAAUGCGUUAAAUUAGAAUAA